ACAGUUGCACAUGCGCCAUUAAGCGAGCUUCUUUCCCUCCAGCGCACCUCCUUGACUCAGCUCAGUAACUCGGUUCAGUUCAGUCAGUCUAUCCGCUCAGCUAUCCGAUGUGUCGCGUCGACGCGUAUGGACGUAUUGUGAUUUCGCGCCACUAUGAUUUCUUCCAUACGGUUACAUACGAGAUUACAUUCCUUUAAGCUUUGAAAUGUAACUGUUAUUUUUAAUUGUGCCUAAAAUUACAACAGUUUGAUUCAGUUUACUGUGUGCGAGAUACCUGUGUUGUGAUAUUGAUUGUUCUCUUUUUUAACGGUUACACGAUGCAAACGGUUCUGAAUUUUAAUUCCAUAUUAAAAGUGUAUGAUUUUGUAUUUCUUAAAUAAUGUUGACAGUAUUACUAGUGUUUUCUAUUCUACUUUUCCAUUCGGGUGACUGCUCCAGCUUGCUAUGCGGUCGCACGAAGGAGGUGGAGGUCGGAGGCGGCGUGAGCGCGGGAGCGGCUCUAGCGCUGUCUCUCGUCCGGCCUCCUUCCUCAGCUGGUUCUAGUACUCCAUGUCAGCUCCGUUUGUCGGCGCCAGAAGCGGCUGCAUUUACUGUUAGACUUAUUGACGUUAAGGAAUCUGUGGUAGAUUGGGAGCGCGGGUUGACGGACUUAAGGGUGACGCCGACGCCAGCGAGUGGGCCGAGCCGGAAAUGGAGCGGCCGGACGCCCGAACACGCGCAGGACACCGCUACAGACGGCGCCGCGCCUGUAACGAACGCCACAGAUGCCUGCAAAAUGCUAAUUUACAUCGGCGACGCCAAAAAUCCAAUAUGGCGACUGUCGCUCUGCGGCGGGAACGCAGCGCAGGUCGCGGCUAAGGCGGGCACCAAACUAUUGCCGCCGAAGAUCAGGAUCGUUUGGAAUCCACCCACCACGCCCUACCAGCACACCGAAAAACUGCGUCUUGUGGUCACUGCUGUUAACAGUGGCUCAAUAUGCAACAACGAAUCUCAAUUCAUCUGCGGCGUAACCAGCCUCUGCAUUUCAUCGUAUUUGGUCUGCGACGGGGUCCGCCACUGCCCUGGAGGCGAAGACGAGGACUCGAACGCGUGUUCCCAUAGACGCGACCCGCCGUUCCUCGAGCUACUGCGCAGAUUCGCUGCUAGAAACCAAGAACUUCUGGGUCUGGAUCAGCCCGAUGGCAUGACGAAACCUUCGGUUAUAAGCGAUUUGAAAUUUGCAGUGAAGAUCAGCGAGCACGAACAGAAGACGAACGCUUUCAUGGAAUUCGCUGCGGCGCUGAAACCGUACGGGCCUUGGAGCUACCUGGUGGUGGGCAUGCUCGUCUGUGCCACUAUACUCAUGUUCUGUCUGGCCUGGGAAUGCUGCUGCAAACGUUCCAAGCCGUCAGACACACCUGUUAACAUUCCGGCAUCUUGCAUCGACCUGUCACCAACUGUCACAGUGACAGCAGCGUCUCAGCAGAUGUUCACGGCUUCACUUCCUGCCACUCCUCCUGAAUAUGAGCCUCCUCCCUCUUAUUCCUCUCUCUUCCCACGUGCCUUCAAAUCCUCACCAACUCCAGUGCCACACUGCUCUCACCAAGAGCCACCAGAUUGAAGAGAUUCCUUUGAUUAUAUAUUUAACUAGAUAGUCCUCCUUUUCUAAUAUCGCACGUUGUGGACACCCGAUAUUUCAAUCUUUUGCUAAAACUAUUUCCAUACGAAUUUUAUUUCGUAAAGCGGCGACGAAAAUCGUAAUUAGCUUAUGACUAAGCGUUAUUAAUCAAAUAACGUUUGCUAAUUGCUAUAUACUAGUAUAUGCUAAUUGACAAUAAUUGCAUUAAACUCUUGACGGUUCAUUGACAAAAAGAAUUACUGCUCAGGCAGACAAACGGUGAUAAAUGUAAUAAAAAAAGGUUUUCGCCACAUUAGACUUAAUGAAGGUAAAUUUUAAUAUAAACACAAACCAACCAAAAAAAAAAUUAAACGAUGUAAUACCUUUUCAUUUUAAACUGCAGAGUAUAAAAGGUAAAUUAACAGCCUCAAUACGUUCACCAGCUUACCAUUACUGAGAAUGAGAAUAUUAUAGAGGAUUUAGUUCGCCGCGCUUCUUUAAUUUUGACGGUGACGGACCUUACAUGUCUUUGAAUUAUUUUAUCUCUCAGACAUGCAAAUUCCCUGGCGAAGGUUUUCUUGACUUAAAAUUGUAGUCAACGACAGUUUUGGCGACGGGGUCAAACUUUAGUUGCCCACAGAUAAUGUUUACGGCGAGCGCGUGCCUUCUGAGCUACCACGGUUGUGUGUACAGUGCAGUAUUUGGUAUUAAAUUGUUACUCGCAAUGGUGAUGCUACAUCAUCAGUCUACGAUCCUUGUUUUUAGAUGGAUUUUCUUAUAUCAGUCGACAGAGUCGUUUGUCUAUCAGUAGAGCGCCCCGUUUCAGAUGCUUUUGGCAUUUGGAGAAAAGAGGUAGCAUGUUCCCUGUGACUCAAUCAUGUAGUAAAGACAUUAAAUAAUAUAAAUUUUAUACUAAAGUACUAUUUUUAGGGGUUGGUUCUAUCAAAUAAAGCCAUUAAACACGUCGUUUAAUUGUCGCUUAAACUAAUUUAAAUCGAUUUUCGUUGAAUCGAUUUUUCUUUAGUUCCGAUAAAAACUUCGUAUAUCUGAACCGAAUAACAUUCUGCAUAAUUAAAUACAUAUAGUAUUUCAAAUAUAUCGCCGGUGUAUCGGUGAAACUAUAAAAAAUAUAUAGAUAUUCAAAAAUAAAAUCUUUAUAUAUAAAAAUUACGUGUCACAUUGUUUGUCCGCGAUGAACUCCUAAACUACUGAACUGAUUUCAAUGAAAUUUUGCACACUUAGUCCAACUUUAGUUUAGUCCAACUUGAGAGAUAGGAUAGUUUUUAUCCCGAUAAGUGAACAUCAUCUUUUUUAUUGCUAAUUUCAGGAGUUUUUUUAGAAAAUCAAAUGGUCGUCGGAAAGGGCAGAACAACGUCUGCCUGGUCAACUAGUAUAUUAUACAAUUUUUGUGUCCGUGUGUAUGUGACUGAACUCCUCCUAAACUGCUUGACCGAUUUUGAUAGAAUUUUGUAUCUGUGAUUAAACUGAUUAGAGAAAGGUUUAUAUUCAUAAUUGGACCCAGUAGAUGGCGUUGUUGUCUAGAUCCAUAAAUCAACCGUGCGAAGCCGGUGCGAAUCGCUAGUAUAUGUGUAAAAUAUAGUGAUGAGAUAAAAUAAAAGCAUCUUGACACUACUAUUAUAUUAAUGUACGGUAUUGAAUUAUUAUCUUUGAUCUGAAUACAGAUCAAAGAGUAUUAACAAUGCUUUAAUGUUUCAUAAAUACAGAAAUCAAACGAGUAUGUAAUAGUUUCCGCAUCAAGUUAUAACAUUUAACUAGAGCGAACGACGAGCCUUUUUCGAGUUAUGUAUUUAGUUAUAAAGAGUUGUUCCUCAUUCAUAUUUGUUGCUUAUCGAUAAACAUUAUCGGUCUUAUUUAUAAUCGUUUAUUAUCAAUUACUUAUAACUUAAAUAUUGUACCUUGCUGUCUCUUUCUAUUGACAUAUUAUAGUAAUGGGAGCGCAAACAACUUUAAGUAUAUCUUUUGAUGACAUCGAUUUUUAUAAGUAAGACCGUUUAUUCAUUGCAUUACAUGUAUAAUUCGUUUAAGGUUACUAAAGAAAAAUAAACAUUUUAUGAACAAAGUAGCGACGUUAUAAAAAUUAUAUUUUAUACUCAUUCCCUUUGUGAGAAAUUGUUGUUAGUUUAUCUGAAUGUUCCUUUCUAUGCAUUACAUUUAUUAGAUAAUAUUUUAAAAUACUCUGAAAAUUCUAUAGUUGUAGUACCCUAGUGCCAAGGUUUUACAUAUAAUAUUGAACGUUAAAAUCGGGAUAAUACAUUGAACCACAGAAAAAUUUUCUUUGUCAAAAGUGGACCAUAGAUCAAAAUAGCUGUAAGCCAAAGUGUCCCAUUUUAUUAAUUGUUUUUUGACAAACAUGAGGAUUUAUUAUUUAAUUUAAAAAAAUGAUUUCUGGUCCACUUUUUAUACCACAACGUGCGUUGUAUAUAUUUCUGUAUGGGGCCAUAGAUAAUAAGUACAACUUUGUCACACUUUUCGAAUAGGAUGAUGUGUGCGAAUAGUUUGGGGACCAAGGUUUUUAUUAGUGAAUGAAUAUUUUACUAUACGUCUGAAAAUUGUGCCUUAGUUUUAGUGUAGUUGUCUAUUUUAUCUCAUAACAAAUAAAAACUAUAGACGUGUUUUAACAGGGCCAGAUAGUCUAAAUGUCUAAAUGUUACCGUUUAUAUAAGGUAUUCGUUCAAAUAUGGGUGGACCUACCUACCCACCUACCUAUCUACCUGUAGUUGCUACAACAAAUCUUAAACGUUAGGUACAAGCGAGCAAGUAGUCGCCUUAAUUAUUUAUCUUACAAAAAAAAAUGAUAAAUAUAUGUGCUACCAAAGAAUAUUGCCUUGCUAAACUAUCGAAAAAGAGCUUUUUGCGAAAUGACGGGUUGCAGCUUUGUUGUAGUGUUUGAAAAAGAAAAAAGAAUAUAAAAAUUCAUUUUUGGUAACUUUAAAACAAAAUUACUUUUAAUGGGUUCAAAGUUUCUAAAGAUGUAAAAGAGCGGUCACAUUUAUUGUAGUAUUGAAAGUAGUAACUAUAAUUUUCUGAUGUGAAAAAAUAUUAAACAGCAUAAUAUAAGGUUAUAUCUAGAAAGAAUUAUUUUUCAAGACCCUAUAAUAGUAAAUUAUAAGUUCAUAUUUAGGUACUGUAUCAUUUGAAACCUUGUAAACGAAUUUGUGUUUAUAUUAUUUUUUAGGCAUUAAGAAAUAGUGUGAGGAUAACUGGCCUUCCUGAACAUGUUAUGUGAUAAGAAAAUAUGUAUGUUAUUAGAUAUUCUUUGUAACUCCAAUACGAAAUGCUUCUGAGUCUUGAAAAUGUGUUAUUCAGUUAAAAAGGGGUAUGAUUUUAGAGUUGCUGGAACUUUAUAUAAAAUAUUACGUAACUAGUUAAAAUUAUUAAUUAUUUUUAAUUCCAAAUUAUGUGGAUACAUUUUAUGAAAUAUGUAUUUGUGACACUAAAAUUACACCCUGUUAUAAAAGAUUUUACUAGUCUUCUUAGAAACUUAAUGUUUUAUAUUUUUAGGUAUUGUUUUUCUGUAUGUUUUAAAUUAAAGUUCUUCUGUAAGUAUAGUAUUUACAUUUCAUCAAGGAUAGAUCUGCAAACAAAAUGUAACUGAAACAUGAUCAUGUACAUGAAAGUGAUAUGUAUUAUAAAAAACCAUGAAUAUAAACAUGAUAUCUAUUUAUU